AUGCAAUUUUUGAAUCAGUACAGCCCUGCAGUGGGUGUCCCCGACUCGCUUCAGCAGUUGGAGAACAAUGCAAGGGAGCUUGGCAAAAGCGAUCCGCUUCACAAAGAACCUUCGCUCAAAGGAGAGAAGACCAGCAAAUUACGAAGGCUACAAGAAAGCAGAGACGCUUCUCCUACAGCAAGCCCAAUUUGGCAAUAUCUCCGAGGAAGAAAGGUGAUAAAAGGAAAAGACUGCCAAGUAUGGACCGCAUCAGUUCAACUUGCGAACGGAAGGAAAUGGGCAAGGCCAAUCAAUUUGCUACUACCAUUGGAAGUAGCGCCAGAAGCAGACCCAAGAUAUCAAAGAGUAGCAGAUCCAAACCUCGAAGAGGAGGGGCAAAAACGGCAACAACAGUAG